UUUUCGUUCAGCGUGAUGGAGCGUCAAAAUAGAGCGACGCUAAAGCCGCUAGCUAACUGAAGUGAUUCUUCGCAGUUCAGCAAAAAGAAGUGACCAGCACCAUGGCAACUGCACAGUCAGCCUUAACAUUUGCAGUGUGCAUCCUGAUGAUAACAGAGUUGAUACUUGCCAAGAAGGACUACUAUGACAUACUGGGAGUGCGGAAAGAUGCCAACGAGCGUCAGAUAAAGAAGGCUUUUCACAAGCUGGCAAUGAAGUAUCACCCAGACAAGAACAAGAGGCCAGAUGCUGAGACAAAGUUCAGAGAAAUUGCUGAGGCAUAUGAAACAUUAUCAGACGAGAAGAGGAGACAGGAGUACGACCAGUUUGGUCACGGCACAUUCUAUAAUGACGGAACCAAAGACCAAAACGGUCCAAACAUCCACCAGCCCUUCAACUUCAACGACGUGUUCAAGGACUUUGAUAUUUACAGCCAGAACCGGCACGCACAUCACCAAAGGCACUUUGAGGACCACUUCCGGACCCACCAGGAGGCCCACCACAACAGACACAAGAGACACUUCCAGGGGGCCUUUGGAGCAGCAGGUGGUGGUGGCUUUGAUGACAUGUUUGACGACAUGGAGAAGAUGUUUACCUUUGACAGGGACACUACUAAGCGGACGGAGAGCACAUUUCAGGGUACUACAACGAAGCAACACUGCAGAACAGUGACACAGCGCAGGGGGAACAUGGUCACCACGUACACUGACUGCUCUGGCUCCUGAGGACAGAGGUCUUGUCGGUAUCCAGGUACCCUGGGUCGUGUUCAUCAGGCACGAAACGGAAAAAAGCAGCCUGAAAUGGGGAGGUACUAUCUGAACUUGUCCAAUAAGAGAGGCUUGUUUUCCGUUGCAUAACAUUUUGAAAUGUUUAUCUAUGUUGUGCCCUAAUGAACAUGACCCUGCCACAGCUUGCAUAUGGGUAGGCACCUGUGGUGGGUGGGAGCCAGCUGUUUCUGUUGCUGCUGUGACCUAAGUCUUGUUCAUUGCUGUUUUGUUGAGUCAAAGUAGCUAAUGAAAACACUUUUUAGCACACUCAGUUUGUAAUUUUUUAACAAUUAAUUCAAGCACUGAAAAGCUUUUGAAGCAUAUCGCUCACAGUAUAGUUAGGAAUUUGAAUGUUGUAGAGUAAAAUAUUGUUUAGGUAGUGUUAAGGAAGUCUAAUCUAUAUAUAUAUAAGUACUGUAUAUUUGGUAACCCCCUUAAUAUUUACAUAGGCUUUUUGAGGAAAAGCUUUUCAGUUAUUCAUUAUAUAGUCCCUUGCAAACCUAAAGAUGCAAGGGAACAUAGUAUCAGUAUUGUUGCCUUAAGCACAUUCAAUUGUCCAUGAGAAAAAAAACAUGAAAGAACGUUUUCACUUGAGCAUUGUUAUUGUAAUUCGUCAGCCAAAAAGUUUCAGUAACUACUACCACUCCCCAACCUAUACAUUUUCUGUGUGCAUGUAGUGUUUUGUAUAGCCCAUGGCUCCAUUGUGUGAAUCCAGCAGCCUUUAGUUGGAACUAAACGUUGUGGACAAUGACACUGACAGGUUUGCUUCUGCUUGAUAAAUGGAGAACAAUGUCAGCAAAAUGUUCCCUCAGAACAUUUAGUGAAACCGUAAUGCAGCAUUUUGAUGCUGCCUGAAGUUCCCUUUUUCUGUUGUGGUAAGGGAUGCUCGCCACUUUUAGUUGAAAUUAGGAAAAAAUAUAUUCAGAUCUACAAAAAUAACAAAAUGUAAACUACUUGCUGUUGAUGUAGCUAGCUACAUUGUUAUGAUUUUCACUCCAGAGGAACUUUAACAUCUCUCCUCCUGUCUGCAUGGACCACUUGAAUGUAUAAGCUAAACAUUGGUGUAAAAUAAAAUCCAGUGUUGUUCAUCCAACACCUCAUAACCACCCCGUUACCUCAUGUUUCACUAGUCUGUAGACUAGAACUAUCUGUUCUCCUGGGCUUGAAUUCAGAAACGGUCUCUGAGUAGGAGUGCUUAUGAUGAAAACAUUUUUCCUUUUUAGAUCAAAACGAAUAACAUUUACGUGGUCAGGCGGAACUGAGCCUAGAUCAGCAGAACACCUAUUCUGAGACGCUUUAUGAAUAUGUGCCCAAGUUUACAUUGUGCAAUAUUUUAAAGCCAGCUCCUCUUUUUAUUAUUAUUUUUUGCCACUGUUACUUGCUGGCAUUGUCAUUGUGAUAUGUUGAUGUAUGUAUGCACUUUCAUUAUUUUAAUCCUAUGGAUAAAAUGUGUGUUACCUUGACUGGAAAUAGGGUAUGGGCCCGCCCUGAAAAUGUAAAAAAAAAAAAAAAAGAUGUGGAAAUAAACAAUGUGUAUUUUUAA